AUGGCUGCAGUUGCAAUAAUAACACAAUUCGUUGUUGAAAUAGGGAGACCAAUUUUUGAGACGUUUAAUAUAGUCCAAUUCUAUGGCGAAAUCAUGAGAUGGGGGAUUAUAAGUGAUUUGGUUCCCAAUAGAUCUCAUUACAAGGUAAACAUAGUUGUUCCUGAUAGUUCAACAAUACCAGAAUCAUAG